UCAUGGUGGUUGCCGGGGCGAUGCUGGCGCUGGUGGUGCUGGUGCUGCCCCUGCUGGCCCCGGGCGCCGCCCCCUGCCUGCGCUGCUGGCCGGACGCGCCCCCCUACGUCCACUACGACAACGGGAGCGCCUGGAGCGAGAAGCCGGGAAGCUCUUCUAUCGCCUGGACCAGAUCAUCACCCGCAACCGGCAGGAUCCAGGACGCCUGAUGGAAGAGGCAGCACUUGAAAAGCAGAACUUCACCCGGCGCCUGAGAGCAGCGUCGGCAGCCGUCCGGCAGCAAGUGUGCAGUGCGUCCUGUGGACAGCCUGAGCCCUUUGAUUUGUCUGAGUGCGACAGCUGUGAACGCCUCCAAGCUCGGUGCAGGGACCAGAGAGUCUGUGCAGGAGCUGCCGUGAUCCUGGCCGUGGGGCUGAGCCUGCUGGGGCUGGUGCUGGGAGCUGCAGUGGGGGCCUUCCUUUGUUACAGGAGGCGAGCGAGGCCGGCGGGCGGCACAGGGGCCGAGGAGGGACCGGUGGCAGCCAGGACAGAGCCCCCGGCAGAGCAGGGGGACGGGGCCCCCGCAGAGCAGGGGGACGGAGCCCCCGCGGACCUGGGGAAUGGGGCCCCCGCAGAGCAGGGGGACGGAGCCCCCGCGGACCUGGGGAAUGGGGCCCCCGCAGAGCACGGGGACGGAGCCCCCGCGGACCUGGGGAAUGGGGCCCCCACAGAGCAGGGGGACGGGGCCCCUGCGGACCUGGGGAAUGGGGCCCCCACAGAGCACGGGGACAGAGCCCCUGCGGACCUGGGGAAUGGGGCCCCCGCAGAGCAGGGGGACAGGGCCCCCGCGGACCUGGGGAAUGGGGCCCCCACAGAGCAGGGAACCGGGGCCACGACUCAUUAA